AUGUCGCGGAGCGAUGUGGCUAGGUAUGGGGGUGCCGAAAGCGUAAAGCUUGCAUGUUGCAAGGUGAUGUGGCUGGACACGAAGUGCCGAAGGCAACACAAAGCUUGCAUGUCGCAAGGCAAUGUGGCUAGGCACGGGGGGUGCCGAAGGCAACACAAAGCUUGCAUGUCGCAAGACGAUGUGGCUAGGCACGAUGGUGCUGAAGGCGACACAAGAGCGAUGUGGCUAGGCACGAUGGUGCCGAAGGCGACACAAGGCUCGCAUGUCGCAAGGCGAUGUGAUUAG